UGGUUUUUAUAUUUAUGUCGGAAUAGAAAUACGUCUAGAUCUGCGCCGGUGAACAAUUUAUUUCAAUUAUAAUGACUACGCUCACUAGAGACGCUGUGUGCUCUCGUAUCGUGUAGAUAAAUUUUUAAACUUCACCAUUCAGUGUGUUGAAGUCUUAAUAAGUGCUGUGCAUCGAAUAAUGGUCUUGGAUGAAACAUUCGUGACGUCUCGAGUUUCAGCCUUGGAUAUUAUGGUUACAAGAAAAAGUGUAUUUUGAAAAUAUACCCAGUGUUUUCUGAUUGAAAACGUCUGUGAGGUAUUAAACAACUGUGCGGUAGUUCUGUUUAUUGUAGUGGUGUCCAAUAAUUGGUGUUAUGUCGGGUGGCAGAAGUAUCGACAAGGAGCGAAAAUCGCCCAGAGAAAGUGGCGAAGACUCGGAAGACGAGAGCGAAAUUUUGGAGGAGAGUCCUUGUGGACGGUGGCUCAAGCGACGAGAAGAGGUAGAGCAACGCGAUGUACCAGGCAUCGACUGUGCGCAUCUCGCUAUGGAUACAGAGGAAGGCGUCGAGGUGGUUUGGAAUGAGGUACAGUUCUCCGAAAGGAAGAAUUUCAAGGCACAAGAGGACAAAAUACAAAUGGUGUUCGACAACCUCACCAGACUAGAACACCCCAACAUCGUGAAGUUCCACCGUUACUGGACAGACACACACAAUGACAAGCCACGGGUGAUUUUCAUAACCGAGUACAUGUCAUGCGGAUCGCUUAAGCAAUUCUUAAAGCGCACCAAACGCAACGUGAAACGACUACCACUGCAGGCGUGGAAGCGGUGGUGUACACAGAUACUUUCGGCCCUCAGUUAUCUUCACGGCUGCGUUCCUCCAAUCGUCCACGGCAACUUGACCUGCGACACUAUCUUCAUUCAACAUAACGGGCUCGUGAAAAUUGGGUCUGUAGCACCAGAUGCCAUCAAUCACCACGUGAAAACCUGCAGAGAAAAUAUGAGGAACAUGCACCUUAUUGCCCCGGAAUAUGGAUCAUCACAAAUGGUGACGCCAGCGAUGGAUAUCUACUCUUUCGGAAUGUGCGCUCUGGAGACAGCUGCUCUUGAGAUUCAGGGCAAUGGCGACUCUGGCAGCCACGUCACAGAGGAGCACAUCGUUCGUACUGUUGAGUCUCUGGAGGAACCCAGGCAGAAGGACUUUAUUUACAGGUGUAUAAAUAAAGAUCCGUCGAAAAGGCCGACGGCUCGAGAGCUGCUCUUCCACCCGUUGCUAUUUGAAGUACACUCCUUGAAGCUACUAGCAGCCCACACUCUUGUCAACACGACAGCAAACAUUUCGGAAACGAUAACGGACGAGGUGGCAGGCGGAUCGAGUGGGGAGGCACUCGCGUGGUGCGUCAAGGACGGUGAACGGACCGAGAUCUCAGCUAAAGACCUUCCACCGCACGGUGAGAAGCUAGAGAAGUUUGUCGAAGAUGUCAAGUACGGCAUCUACCCGCUGACGGCGUACGGCGGGCGCGGCGGCGCGGGCCGCGCGGCGUCGCCGGCGGAGCGCGCGCUGGCGGAGGCGGCGCCCGCCGCGUCGCCCGAGCCGCGCGACACCGAGACGCGCCGCGUCGUCAACAUGAUGUGCAGCCUCAAGCCGCACCCGCACCCGCACACCCCGCCCGCGCCGCACGACCCGCCGCACGACCUGCUCAUGACGAUCCUGCUGCGCAUGGACGACAAGAUGAACCGCCAGCUGACGUGCGCCGUGUCGCGCCGCGACUCCGCCGCCGCGCUCGCCGCCGACCUGGUGCAGCUCGGCUUCAUACACGAGGCAGACCGCGACAAAAUAUGUCGGCUAAUGGAGGAGUCACUUCGAAGUAGUUUCGGGCAGCCGGUGAGCACGGCGGCGGGCGCGGCCGCGGGCGGCGGCGUGGGGACCGCGGGGACACUGCCGCACCGCGCGCCGCAGCACGUCGCCAGCUAGUGCGCGCACCCGGCGCCACUCGCAUCGCUCUAGCUCUCCACGCGUACUCUACGUGCGAGUAAAUAAGGAUGCCGCAUCAAUACCACACGUCAAACGUAAUCCGAACACAUCUGUGCCCAUAACGUCGAUAUCGUCAAAUUUGGAUUACAUUCGUAUUUAUUUCAAUCACUGUCAUCGCCUACGGAACGCCUAUUUAUUAUUUACUCAUUUAUUAGUUAAAUACAUAAAAUAUACAACACUAGCGCAUUGGACCCCGCACUAUGCGAAACUAUAUCGCGGGAGUCCAUGUGGAAAUUUAUAUAACCGAAAAAUUCUCUACAGAUUACUAUUACGUCUACUAAAGUCACAGAUCACGUCAAUAAUGACAUUGACAAGUAUGAAUCAUAAACGUCAUUGAUUGACAUGUGUCAGAAUCGACUAACGCAGGCGAGUUUUCAAUGUUUCACCUUAAACCCAACUUGACAAUCCUUAUUUACUCUCGUACUCGAAAUUAGUUCGAAACCUAUGAAAUCGUCGACCAGAUCUGCUACGUCUAGACAUUCGAGCGCACGCGUCGACUGCGAGACGGACAGUCUUGCAUCUCUUUCGUUACUAGUACUAGAUAUCAUAGUAAUCUUUCAAUGUCGAAUGGCGCGUGUAUGCCGCAGGAGCGCCGUUCGAUCACCAGCGGCUUCGCUGACACCGCACGGUCGGCCACGGUGACCAUCGUCCCAUAGAUGUACUUUACACUUACGAAGUUUGCCGUAGUGAAAUCGACUCGAAUUUAAUACUGAACACGGUGAGCAUUUCAACUAUAACGCAGGCUCAGUAUGAAAUUCGGGCUUCUAGCUCUUAGUAUAGGAUUUAAUGCAUAUUUAUAUACUUGAAAAAAAAAAUGGGUCUUAUGACGAGAUUUUGUAUCGCCAAAUAAUGUGUAUUUUUGCAUACGAAUGAGUAAGACGGUCCGACGAACGAUGUGUAUUGAACGGUGUUUUUUAAUAGUUUAUCAAUUUUUAACAUUUAAUAUGAUAGUUCUGCAUUGCAUGUGAUUCUGAAACCACAAAUUGUAUUUCAAAAGAAAUGGACUUAGACUAUAUAGAUAGAGCAUCGAGCCCCAAAAACGGGUCAACAUUUUUGUCAGCUAAUUGUCAAGUUAUUUUUUUUAUACAACUUAGAAUGGCAAACAAGCUGACGGCCCACCUGAUGGUAAGUGGUAACCGUCGCCAAUAGACAUGAGCAGUACCAUGGACAUAACAGAGUAUACUGUUUCGCCCAUGAUACCUCCCAUGCGUUGCCAUUCCUGAGGACUCAGGUGUUAUUCCUCUGUAUCCUGUAAAUUCACUGCCAUAUCCCACCCUUAAAACCGAAACACAGCCAUGCAAACACAACUGCUUCACGGUAGAAACACAAAUGAGACAGAGGUACCUAAGCAAUCGUUUUUUUUUAUCAGUGUUCUAUAUACUUACGCAUACAAUGUAUCUUGACGUAUUAUUUAAUAAAUAAAAUUAGUGUUUACACAUUAAAAAGAUGCAGAAAUUAUAAGACGAAAUAAAUAUAGAAGUUAUAAAGGAAUCACUCAUAAGUAUUUAUCAAGCAAAAUUGUAUGAAAAAGUUGAGCCGUUUAACUCGAAGCAUUUGUAUGGAGAUACUCUGUCUAUAUAAUCUAAGAAAGAAGCUUAAAACCGAACGACAAUUGUAAAUUGGAUAUUGAUGACAGUACGUUGACCUUAUCAAAUUUUCUGUUACGAUAUCACAGAAUGCAUAGUAACUUGCUAUUGUAUGGCAUAUGUCCCUCUCCUUCAUUUAACUAUGCAUUUCUCUCUUUCUAAACCAUGAUGUGCAAAAUAUACUCUACGAUUAACCAACAGUAAGAGAAAUGGAAUAAUGAUUCAUAAAUUCAGAUUUGUAGGCUUCAAUUUUGUUUACACACUUUUAGAAUCACAUUUACAAUUUGAAAAACAAAAUUCAAAUGCUAGUUUUCAAUGUAGAGCUAUCACAUUAAAACUACACGUAAUGUACAAGCCGAUUGUCGAAUGCAACAUUGUUUACAAUUCAACGGACGCUUCUAUUGACCAAACUUAUAGUACGGAUUGUAGUAAAAUAUUUUUUUUUUUUUUUAUACAACUUAGAAUGGCAAACAAACUGACGGCCCGCCUGAUGGACAGUGGUAACCGUCGCCUAUAAACAUGAGCAGUACCAUGGACAUAACAGAGUAUACUGUUUCACCCAUGAUACCGCCCAUGCGUUGCCAUUCCUGAGGACUUAGGUGUUAUACCUCUUUACUUUGAAAAGCAUUAGUAAAAACUAUUUACUUUAUUUGAAAAAAAAAAAAAACUAUGAAGAGACAUUUACUAUAUCUAUCUUGCUCUCUAAAUAUUUCUGUCUCUUUUAAAUGGAAAAUAAACCCCUGAAGUGUAUAAUUAACCUCACACCGACAAGUUCCUAUUACGAAAUCUCAUUCUUUAUAUCUGAAGCUAAAAUUUAGACAUAAUUUUUUGAGAGUAAAAAUCUACAAUCGAUAUUUUCAAGUCUUAGAUAGAUAGAUAGAUAUAUAGUUUAUUUGCAUCACUAGAAAUACAUAUACAAAGAAAUACAUAAAAUAAAAACAUAUUUUUUUUCCCCUUUCAAUCGUUUUCCAUAACGACACAAAAUGGUCACAACUCAGUUUAUUGCUUUGCCCUCAAAAGAGCAAAACACUGAUAUUCUAUUGUGGCUAAAAGUGAAUAAGGUAACAGUGAAAUAAUAUCAUCAGUUACCUAUACAGUUAACAAUAAUACAACUGUUAAUUUAGCAGUUAAAUAGAAUAGAAAGGUAACUUGAUGGAAUAUUUAACUUUUGAAUCAUGAAAUUUUUCAAAUUAAUUUUAAAAGGUAACGUAGACUCAAAUAUCUGUCUAAUUUCAUCAUUAAAAUUAAAAAAUCUAGUAAACGAGUUACAGAAAGACGAUUCAGAAAUGAUCAUCGCUCCAAAGUUCCAAUAUUAAAUGAUUUGUACAACCUUAUUUUAGUUACUUUCUAUAAAUAUUAAUUCCCCCAUAAUACUAAAGGGAGUUCGGACUAUGACCCCUUAACACAGGCGAUUAACCUAUUUAGGGGUCCAGUUCUAAAACCACAAUUACUGUAACCGUUUAAAAUUAUAACAACAAUAUUAGUACAGUAACUUGAGAAAUAACUACAUGGGACAGAUAAAAGAAACACUAGGCGUCAUGUCGUAUAGGGAGGUCAAGGAUAUGGCCUGGGAUAGAGCUGGCUGGAAGAAGGUGCAUGAAUUAGUUGCACCGACAAGAGGAAACUGUUAAAUGAAAAGAGAACUUGAGAAACUACAGUUAUGUUUUUACAAAAUAAAUCUUAUUUAAUUCAAUGUUGAUUCGACAACCGCUUGGCGACGCUUCCUCCGGGCACGUUUCGUUGUCGUCCGAUUAUCAAACUAAUGCACUGUAGUUGAAUCGCCCACGAGGAGUUAGAAUUGACAUAAAAGUUUUGCAUUUCGCCUAAAAAAAUAAAUAAAUAUACUAGUCGAGUGAAUCUUAAGCCGAGUUAAAUUCGUUGUUAUAUAUAUAUAUAUAUAUAUAUAUAUAUAUAUAUAUAUAUAUAUAUAUAUAUAUAUAUAUAUAUAUAUAUAUUGUAAUAAAAGUUGAUACGCUUUCAUAAAAGGAAAUUGUAAAUUAAUCGCCACGUUAGGGGUGUGUAAUUGUAAAUUGUAAAGUUACGACUCGGGAAGUCGCCGUAUGGACAUCGAGAUUGUUCUAAUAGUGUAGUGUAGGCUAUGUAUGACUGUGUAUAUGUUACAAAUGAUAUUUAAAAUAUUAUAAUUGAACCAUUAAUAUAUGUAUAGUGAGGCUUCCUUUUAGAGCUUUAUGGAUGUGGUUAUAAGUAUACGGAAAAUUAAACAUACUCACUACGGGAAUAAGGUUGAAAUUUGUACUGUAAACGCGUUCGUUGUUAUUUUAAUUGCGAUUAUAAAAAAAAAAACAGGUGUUCUUUUUUUUUUGAAAUAUAUAAGACGGAAGUACACUAUCUAUGGAAUUAAUUUAUCUCGUUAAUUAAAUAUGUAUUUUAUAAGAUUUAUUUGCAUUAACAAAUCGUCAUAGUGGUAGAAUACUGACGGAUCUGACAAAAAUUACAUAUAUGGAUCCGUCAGUAUUCUACGACUGUGACGAAAUGUCAGUAUCAUUAUUUCUUACAUUUACAUAAUGUAAUAAUAUACUUUUUCAUUUUAUUAUUACAAGCGUACACUUUUUUUUUAUUUUUUUUUUUUUUUAUACUCACUAUGAUUUCAAUAUUGUAUUCUGUACGGAAGAAUACCUUGAUCAGUAUUAUUUUAUAAUUUUCACACUAGAAAUAAAUAAAUAUAGAUGGAUCGUGUAUUUCUGCGUUUCAAGAGACAAUUUAAAUUCGUAAUGGUACAUGUCCACGCCAGUAUAAGAGGCAGCCUUCAUCCAGCGGCGGCCCAAUAUGUUAUAUUGUUCUAAGUCCAACGUGUCGCAGAUUGUUUUGUAAAAUAAGCCGAUCCCUUACAAACCGUAAUCAUUUAUGUCUGUAUGCAUAGAUUUUGAAUUAUAAAAACGUUUACUACCUAAGGCAGGGGUUCCCAAACUUAUUUUAUUAAUAUAAUUGCUGUUCUUAAAUUGUUGCAUGCCCGAUAGGGUAUAACUGUUAAUACCGAUGUCAAAUCCAAAGCAAUGGUUACUGCUAUAUGUAUGUACACAGUUAGCAAUAAAAUUCUAUUUUAUUCUAUUAAUAUCUCAGUGGAACAAAAAAAAAAAACUUUAUUCCCACGACGUCGUCCACUUUUGUGUGUUUGAGGUUGGGAUUUGUCUUCAUCACCAUCAUCAUAUCAGCCUUUAAUUGUCCACUGCUGCACAUAAGCCUCCUCUUCUGGGGGGGGGGGGGGGGGUUGCCAGUAGUAGCCAUGCUUGGCAGGCUGAUUGGCAACCACAGUUAGGCUUUGGAGAUGUUUUAAAAGGGGCCCUACUGCCCAUCCCUCGCCCUCUCUUAGUCACCUCUUACGACACCCACGGGACAGGAAGGGGUGGCCUACUCUAUGCCGGUACUAAUUGUCUGAUAAUUAUCCAUGUAACAAUGAAGUGACAAUCUGCGACAACGUUGACAUAUUUGAAUAAAACAAAUUAAAAUCGCUCGCUUAAUUUGGUAUGAAAUGUGCCUCUUGAUGAAACGUCAAUUGUUGAUCGAUGUGAUUUUAACAUAAUAGUGGAAUAGUUCAGCAUUUAUACACAGCUCGUUUGUUUUUCAAUACGUAAUAUUAUAGUGGUGCUAGCAAUGCGCAGUGGUGUGUAUGUAUGUCACCAUUGUACUGUGGUAUAUAGGAUUACGUGAUAACUGUUAGGUUCUCGCGGCUCGAAUCACCAAAUAAAACUAUUUGAAACGGUGUUUGUUAAUUUUUUUUGUAUUUAUAUUUUUAUGUUAUUUCAAAUACACAAUCGGGACUUGAUGCGAUGAAUAAAUCUUUGAAAGUAUAUAGUAGGUACAUACCUGCUUUUUUAUUGGCGACGUUCCGACGUGGAUUGCACCACGUCGAAACGUCCUGUCGUGACUACGACGUGGUGCAAUCCACGUCGCAACGUCGCCAAUAAAGAAGCAGGUAUUUUUAUUUUAAUAAUUUAUUGAUCAAAAAAAAAAUAUAUGGUACAAAAGACGGACUGUAAUGCUCGUAGCAUUCUCUACCAGUCAACGUUUUGGGAUGAACAGUGAAUCACGAACGCAGUACUUCAUUAUUGGAAUAGGUUUGCAGCUGUGUAGGUACUAUUUACCUGCAAAGACUUUUUCCAUCGCGUCAAGUACCGUUUAAAGUUUAAAAUUAAGUAUUUUAUAUUAUUAAGUUAAAUAUUAGAUGAAAAAAAAUUAUAAGCAAAAUUCGGAACCGUUAAAAACCGUUUUUUUUUUUUUAAUUAUACCAAUUUUCUAUUUAAAAUUAGUAUCCAUGACGUGAAAUAAUUGAAAGUGUUAGAAAAAUUACCAACUCAAAAAUAUAGACCUCUUUCAAAUAGUUUUAUUCGCAAACAUAAUAAAGUUCCAAAAGGCACCUUGUUCCUAAUUUUCGUUCCGGCGUCCGGUGCUGAUACCGUAUUCACGUGAAACCGGUUUAUUUAUUUAUUUCGGUUAAUGCUAGCGGUGCCAAAUGACGAGGUGCCAACAACUAACGUUUUUAUUUUCAAUUAAGUAUCUACGACCGCUUUGUUUUCUAUUAAGCUUCCCAAAUAUAAUUUAACCAAUAUAAAUUAAUCCUGUGUUAAUGUAAGUAAUAUCACUUGGAAGCUAGGUGCAGUAUGUUGAUUACAUGAUGUCCAUUUAAUACGCCUUUUCAAAUACAAAAUAACAAAAGCUAUUAACAUAAUUCUGGUGUAUGACUAAACUCAAUUGACGCUACGCAACCGACGUCCAAUCUCUUUCUAAACACAUAUGUGGAAAAGAGACGAAUAUAGUUUUGUCAAAUGAGUUUAGUUUAGCACCAGUUUGCCACCACAAGCGUAUUCGUCGUCGCGUCACCGUGCUGUGAACGAACCCUUACUUUUGUCUUAAGGUGUGUCCAUAUAUAAACAUUUGAUCGUACUGUAAUCUCAUUAAACGCCCAACUAGUAAAACUUUAAUGUAAGCACUUUACAAAGCAUUAUAAUGUCUGUAAAUCUUAUUUAUUUAUUUUUUCUUUUUACUAUACUCAAAUAACGCAGUAUGGUGACGCGAAUCUGUGAUAUUCUGACAAAGGGUACGAUAUCAAAUUUUUAUAAUGACUCAUUUUGACGGCUAAAACCUUGUUUUUUUUAUACAACUUAGAAUGGCAAACAAGCUGACGGUCCACCUGAUGGAAAGUGGUAACCGUCGCCUAUAGACAUGAGCAGUACCAUGGACAUAACAGAGUAUACUAUUUCGCCCAUGAUACCCCCCAUGCGUUGCCAUUCCUGUAGACUCAGGUGUUAUUCCUCUGUGCCCUAUAAAUUCACGGCAUAUCCCAACUAUUUUUACAUGAUGUCGAUAAAUUCAAUUUUUUUUUUACCUUUUAAAAUCUACCCCCGUAUCAUAUCACUAAUAUUAGUAUUAAAUUUCGUAUUAAUUGUCUGAAUAUCACGAUGAAUAUGAGCACAGUAUGAAUCAGCAUUGAGAACGCAAGCGUGAAGUAUGAGGUUGUAGUGUAAACGACCGGACUAGGGCAUCGUAGGGCCAUAGCACACAAAUAAGUAUCCCUACAGAGACCAAGCUUCGUACACGUGUAGGCAGGAAAGUGCACUAGCGCAUAGCGUGGCCAUGUGUGGUAAUAUCUCAACAAUAGAUUCGCGUACACUCCGUGAUAGUAAAAAUUUGUAGUUUUAAGUUUUUUUUUUUUUUUUAGUAACCCCGCUUGCGCUAGCGUUAUACGUCGGUGGGGCACCAGUGAAUAAUGAUAUGACAUAAAAAAGCAAGUCAGUCAGCCCAUAGUGAUGAAUACACCAAACAUUCAGCACGAUGGUUUCCAGAGGUGACCACGUAGAGGUCGAACUGACAGGGUAUAUUGCUAGCAAUGGGAAUGGUAGCAAUUCCUUCCCCCUUAGUAGUUUUAAGUGACAAAUGAAUUUAUGUAUACAUUUAUGUUGCAACAUGCACGUGAGUACGUGAGAGAAUACGCCGUAUAUUGCUCUCUCAUUCGUAGUAAACAUAUCUGUAAGUGGUUUAAUUUGUAACUUAUCUUUUUGAGUAUGUAAUUGUAGCACCUUUUGAUAUAAGUGGUAGUAUAAUCGGGAGAGAUACGUAGCUAUGUGUGAGUGUACCUACAGCGAGCCACUUGUAUGUAGUUUGAUUUCUGUGGGGAUACCACCUAGUGUGAUUAUAGUUAGUGUAGUGUAAACGAAAGACUGGAAUUAGGUAAAUGUAAUGUCAAGGGUAGACUCCCUGAGCCCCUCGCGCCGGUAAACUAAUCUAUUAGGUACUUAGAUAAAUUGUUACAACAAAAGUAACCAAUUAGCGGUUACGAAACCUUAUUUUGUAAUGUUAAAAAGCCUAUUAUUUUUAUAUUGCGUUAUUUAUUUACUUGUUUCAAUAAAAAAAAAAUUAGUUAAUAAGAAAAAGUGUGGAAAAAUUACGUGUUGACAACCCUAGGUGUUAAAUGUAUCGACUUAUGUUUCUGUGCACUUAUAACGAGACAGUCUACCCGUCAUUCCGUCUCUUUUCCUCCUCAUUGGUUGGAAAGUGACGGAUAUAGUUGUCCUGUCUGUGUGAUAGUGUGCCAGUUUCGUACAUUUGUAUUGUAGUCUCACACACACACACACAUACAUAUAAAGACAAGUUAAAAACAAAAGCAGUUUUGGAAUUAGAUCGAAAAUAGUAUAAUGUCGGUCACUAUUUGUAUAUACGCUCGUCUCUGUGUUCCUAAUUAUUUUGUACAAAUAGCUUGUAAAUAUUCAUAUUGGUGUUCAGUUUACCGGCGGGUGUGGAGGGCCAGGCGGGCGGAGUCGGGAGGCAGGUGUCUAGCUUGUAAAGUGGCGUGUCUCUGUAAAUAAUCGCUUCUAGUAUAGAUAGUACGUAUAAAUUAUUAUUACGAUUAAUAACUGAAUCAAUGUACCUACUGUGUAUUUUAAUAUAAUACAAUUGUAUUCACACUUCGUUACUCGAUAUACAGCUAUGAUUUUGUCUCGUGCUAAAUUGAAUGGCAACAUAUAUCGGUGUUCAGCAAGGCAAUAUCACAAUAUGUAGCUUGUACCGUGUUAAAAUCGUGAUCAGGGAAAUAAAAAAAAAAAACUAGUUGAGAGCCUAAAAAAAGGAAAACGGGCGAAUUAAAUACUAGAAUACUAAUUUCAAUUGGGUUACAUUAUAAUGUUCAAGAGAAAAUCAUGUAUAAUUAUAAUAAAUCUGUAGAGAGGUCAAUUCUGUACAUGAAAUAUAUUUCCAAAAUAACUAUCAGCGGAUGAUUAGAGAUCGAUACUGAUGCCACAAAUGCAAUCAUUGGAAAAUUUUUGUCUGUCUGUCUGUCUGUAUGUUCGUUAUAGAAACAAAAACUACUCGACGGAUUUUAACGAAACUUGGUACAAUUAUUCUUCAUACUCCUGGGCAGGUUAUAGUAUACUUUUCAUCAUGUUACGAUCAAUAGGAGCAGAGCAGUGAAGGGGAAUGUUAAAAAUGUUCACCCGUGCGAAGCCGGGAUGGGCCGCUAGUUAAAAAAUAAAAUUUUGAUGACUCAAUUCUGUAACAUUAAAUCUACAACUCGGUAUUUGUUUGUAAACAAUUUAAAAAAAAAGUUUUCCGUCGCCUAAAAUAGUAUUUGGAUUCACUCGUUUAAAUACAAAGCAAUAAAAACUGGCUCAAUUAUUUUAUAUGGCAAACAAUAUAGUCGAUAUAAAAAUCAUCUCUUUUCGUUUAAUAGCGGGUUUUUUUUUAUUUUCCUGAUCUGUUUUUUUUUUUUUAUUUCAAGUAUUUACUAGCAAUGCAUAUUAAAUUUAAUAUUUUAAAACAAUAAUUUUAGUUAACGGCAACCCUGCAGAAGACAUAGUCUCUACCCUUGUCUGAGAGUACUAUUUCAGUAAAGAAUACGAUGGGCGUACCUUGACAAUUAUUCGCAUACUAGUUUUGUUUCUAUUAGAAACUUGUUAAUUUAUUUAUACAGGAGAAUUUAGGGACAGCAUAAACGAUCAAGUUUAUGUAAGUUAAAAAAAGUAAAAGUUAUUUUUUUAACUAAUCUAUAGUCUAAAAAUUAUAAUUUUACGUAUGUGUGUAAAUGAUUUUCAGUUAUGUUCAUCGUGUCAUGCCAAAACUCUUCUGAUUUGGUCAAUUAUUGGAUAAUACUGCCAAGAUCUUUUUAUUAGAUAUCUCUUAAAAGUUUCGUCAGUGUAUAUUUAAAAUGUAUAUCGGAUUGCUUAUACUUUUUUUUUUUUUUUUAAGAAUUGUCGACUAUUUUAAGCACCUUCCGGGACCCUUAUUCACAUGGUCGUAGCUAGGAAGGUAGUGCCCUACCUUAAAAGGCCCAAUGCCCUACCUUAACUGGCCUUAAGAAAGUAUACAGAUUCGCUUUUUCAAAGUUUGUUAUGACUUCUGCCCUACCAAAAAGUUCUUUUGCCCUACCUUAAACGUGGAUCUAGCUACGGCCCUGCUUGUUUAUAAGUACCCUGGCUGAGCAUUGACAACAAAUAGGCAAUUCGAUAUUAAUUUAAAAUAUAACACUUAGAUCAAGAA